AUGACACUGACAGCACAUCGAAGCGGAGUCUGGACAAAAAAAAGCCAAGCCGCAGCAGCACGCAACGCGCGCAGCACAUCAGCGCACGCUGCAGAUGCAGAUUGUGGCAGCGGCAUGACACCCACGACAUACACGCGCGCAAACAGGGGUGUCGGGGAUGUCUUGAUGCUCAUCCAGGUGCAAGGCAACAGAUAUGUACCCGCGAUGAUGUCUCUCUUGAGGGAAGCAUGGAACCCAACCUGGGAGCCACGAGGUUGCGCCCAAUGUGUAUCCGUAUUAUGUAUCCGUAGGUGGUGGCCGUGUUGGCCCAGGCCCUUUCCGCCUCGUCUGAUGAUGUUUGAUGACCUGCAGCAUACCUUUCACAACGCAACCCGGCAGCAUCCUGUCCUGCCUUCCCGUGCCGAGAGCGAGCCCUACCUAUACCUAUACAUAGUAAUAUGUCUGCUGUAUCCGUACUAUGACAUAGGAGUCCAGCCUCGGAUCUUAUCCUUUGGGUAUCCGUACGGACACAACACUGGAGAAUGA